AUGUUGUGUCCCAGGUGUGCCUGGUUCACCUGCUGCUCCCAGAGUUCAGACUGUCAGGAAGACACUGACAGGCCUGCUGUGGACUGGUCUCACUCAGCAGACCCUCACAGCUGCAGACCCUCACAGCUGCAGACCCUCACAGCUGCAGACCCUCACAGCUGCAGACCCUCACAGCUGCAGACCCUCACAGCUGUAGACCCUCUGAGCUGCAGACCCUCACAGCUGCAGACCCUCACAGCUGCAGACCCUCUGAGCUGCAGACCCUCUGAGCUGCAGACCCUCACAGCUGCAGACCCUCUGAGCUGCAGACCCUCUGAGCUGCAGACCCUCACAGCUGCAGACCCUCUGAGCUGCAGACCCUCACAGCUGCAGACCCUCACAGCUACAGACCCUCUGAGCUACAGACCCUCACAGCUACAGACCCUCACAGCUACAGACCCUCACAGUUACAGACACUCACAGUUACAGACCCUCACAGCUACAGACCCUCUGAGCUGCAGACCCUCACAGAUGCAGACCCUCACAGAUGCAGACCCUCUGAGCUACAGAUCCUCACAGCUGCAGACCCUCUGAGCUGCAGACCCUCACAGUUACAGACCCUCACAGCUGCAGACCCUCACAGCUGCAGACCCUCACAGCUGCAGACCCUCACAGUUACAGACCCUCACAGUUACAGACCCUCACAGCUGCAGACCCUCACAGCUGCAGACCCUCUGAGCUACAGA